AUUUGCCAUAAUAAUAGACCAACCAUCCAUUACUACAAAGUGAAUCAACCACCUCACAUUCUAUGAUUUCUAUCAAUGUUUGUUGAAGAGAGGGGGGAAGAAGUUGGAGGAUAGUGAAAAAGGGGAAAGAAAGAGUCUAUGAACUAGCAUAUCCAUUACAAGUAACCACAACAAUGGCUCGUAUUUCAACACUUUAUCUCCUCGCUUACAACUCUUUUCAAGCAAUUGGAUGGGCCGUUUCGUUAGCCAUCAUUUUGCUCAAUCUUCUCUCCACUUCCUCCGUUACCGGAACUUUUGCUUCCGCCGGAACCUUAAUUUGUUUUCUGCAAUGUGCUGCAUUCUUGGAAGUUAUACACGGUGCCAUCGGACUGGUUCCCAGUGGAGUGUUGCUUCCUAUGCUGCAAUGGUCAGGAAGGACACACUUUGUGCUUGCCAUUGUUAGGGGAAUUCCUGAGGUCCAGGAGUUACCUUCUGUUUUUAUCACUUUUCUUGCAUGGAGCAUAGGCGAGGUCAUUAGAUAUUCACAUUAUGCUUUCAGUUGCUCGGGAAACUGUCCUUCUUGGAUCACUUACAUCAGGUACACUGCGUUUAUCGUGAUGUAUCCUUUGGGAGUGUUUCCUGGAGAAAUAUGGGCUAUGUACCAGGCGCUUCCAAUUAUAAAGAAGAAUAAUAUCUAUGCAGAUUCCUUUUCAAGCCUCCCAUUUAGUUAUUAUGAUUUUCUUAAGGUCGUAAUUGUAGUUUAUCCAUUCCUCUGGUUCAAACUAUACCUGCAUUUGUUCAAGCAGCGGCGUUCAAAACUUUAUAAACGCCAUGACAAGAAAAGAGCAUAAGGAGCAUUAUUCUUGGUUUUUUGUUAAAUGACAAAGAUGAUAUAACUUUCUGUAUCACAUUAGAACUGAUUCUGAAAUUUAUUUGCAUCUAAAAUAUUUCCUUUGAUUGGAUAAUAAUUGUACCAAAUAAUUGAAUUGUUGUAGCAAUAAUGAUUGAGAUUGUAGGACCUGAAAGAUUUGAAACCUUGCACCUGCAUUACUCUUGGGCCUAGUAACAAUGAUACCCUAAGCCUGUAUUUGAGAGUUUAUUCCCUUGUAGUAUGUAUGAAUUCUUAGCCUAUUGUUUGUGUUUCUCUCUGAUUCUCAAGAGAAAUUGUUAAUAUGAAGUUAACUUAAAGGUAAGUAAAGCAUGAUCAUGUUUAUCAAUGUAAU